CUGCGGGGCCGCUCGGGAGCCCGGAGCCGUUUCCAGCCGGACGGUUUUGUGGGCGCGGACGGCGCCAUGGCGGCCGCCGCGGGCUGAGGGGGGACGGGCCCGCCAUGUUCGCCCGGGCGUUCCGCGUGAGGGCCAACACCGCCAUCAAGGGCUCCGACCGGAGAAAGCUACGAAGUGAUGUUGCAGCAGCUUUUCCCAGCCUUACUGCUGAACAACUGGCUGAGUUUAUUCCGAACAAGGAAGAGCUCAAUGUCAUCAAAAUAUACUCUCACAAAGGGGAGGCCGUCACUGUUUACAUGAAUCACAGGAACCCAAUACUGUUUGAAGUGGAGAAAGCUCUGUAUCCAACAGUUUACUCUCUGUGGGUCUACCCAGAUCUUCUCCCUGCCUUUUCAACAUGGCCCCCCGUGCUACAGAAACUUGCAGGAGGAGCAGAUCUGAUGCUGCCGGGAGUUGUGGUGCCAUCUUCUGGCCUCCCUCAAGUGGAGCAAGGCACACUCUGUGCUGUCACCCUCCUGGGAAACAGAGCUCCAGUGGCAGUUGCAGUUGCCACCAUGUCCACUGCAGAAAUGCUGGCUGCUGGAAUGAAGGGGAAGGGCUUUGCUGUGCUGCACACUUACCUGGAUCACCUCUGGGAAUAUGGUGACAAAUCUUAUCCUCCUACCUUAGCUCCCUUGGUCCCAGACUGUGCUGCAGAGGAGGGGGCUGGAGAUGAGGAAGAGCAGGAGGGGGAAGAGCCUGUCAACAGCAUCCCCCCUGACCCAGUGCAGCACGUGGACAUCGGGGAUUUGAGCCUGAAGGAGCAAGACAGUUGUGCAGAACUGCUGGGAAAGGAGGAAUUCCACGAGAACAGAGCUGCAGAACCAGCUGAAAAUGCCAGCACAGAGGAUCAGCAGCAACCUGAAGACAGCAGGACUCCACAAGAGCAAAUGGAUGCUUUAUUUAAUCAGUGCUUUUUUCAUGCCUUAAAAUGCAAGGUGAAGAAGUCAGAUCUCCCUCUGCUCACCAGCACGUUCCUACGGAGCCACAUGUUCUCCUGCUGCCCUGCUGGACAACAACUGGACAUAAAGAAAUCAAGCUACAAGAAGUUCUCUAAAUUCCUGCAGUCCAUGCAGAACCAGAAGAUCUUGCAAGUGAAGGAGCUGAACAAAGGUGUGGAGAGCAUUGUGGAAGUGGACUGGAAACACCCAGACAUUAAAGCAUUUGCAGUACCUGAAGGAUUUUCUUCAGCCUCCGCUGCCCAAGACAGCAAGAAUGAAGACAGGGAACAAGGGUACCAUGCUCCUGAAAUCAUUCCUCUUUAUGGGGUCUCAGCCAGAAUGGUGCCACUCUUUCAGGAGUCUGGACACAGAAAAGGCAGCAUCCUCUCAAGCAGUGAGGUGAGAAACAUCAUCAUUGACUAUGUGAAGACCAACGAGCUGGUUGAUGAAUCAAACAAAAACUUUGUGAAGGUGAAUGCCAUUCUGUGUGACUGCCUGUUAGAUAAAUCAGAACAAGAUGAGAUCUCACACCUUCAAUGGGAUGACCUCUUGAGCAGGUGCCUUGAACGACUGCAGCUCUUCCAUCAGGUGACAUUCUUUGGACAAGAACCUGUUGUGAGGAAAGGACGCGUUGAGCCCAUCAACAUAACCAUAGCCCAGAGAUCAUCAAAUAAGAAGGUGACAAUUAUCAGGAACCUGGAGCUGUAUGGUCUGGACCCUCAGUGUGUGGCCAACGCCCUGCAACUGAAAGUCCAAGCCAGUGCCACCAUCACCCCAGUACCAGGAGCAAAAGACAGAGUUCAGGUCCAGAUCCAAGGGAACCAAAUCCAUCAUCUGGCCAAGAUGCUGCUCGAAGAGUAUCAGCUACCUCGGAAAUACAUCCGAGGCCUUGAGAAGGCUCCGAAGCUUGGCCGGAAGAAGUAGGAGAAAAAUCUGCCCUGAGGAUUGCUCAGCUCUCGUUAUUUAUUCAGGAGUUUGUUUCCUGCCAACAAAGCAAGGAUCAUGUGCAGUCCCUGUUCAUUCAAAAAUGAGUCCUGGAUGUUUACAAGGUCUGGAAUUCACCCAAAUAAUGAUACUGCUCCAGGUGUUCAUUUUUCAUAAAAAUAAAAAGCUGAAUAAAACCCCUUUUGUGA